CCCAGUUCCUUUCCAGCAUCUACUCAUAUUGAGGAAGGGCGUUUCCACCAAAGUAUGUCCUCAGAAAUGAUAAUUUCCAGGUGCUUGAAUUGGUAUUAGAGCUUACUAUUCGGUAGGACGCAGUACUAAGUAUUACACUACAGUAGUCCUGAAUCCCUAGGCAACAAAAAUCUUAAGGUAUUUCGCCCUACAUCCCCCGAGAGUAAUUAUAGCUCUCAGCUCAGCCUAGUCUUUUCCAACGUAUCCACAAAGAUUGAUCCGACACUUUUAAUGAUCGCACGUAAGGUGGUGUUACUGGAGGAAUUAAUCAAAUUCACAGAAGAGAGACAAAAACUCAUCAACUACGACAGGUAUCUUACGACCUUAAGGAUGGGCUGCAAUUCAUCGAAAAACCUGACAGUUGAACCUUUUAAUGGCCACGUAUCUGAAAGUCAUAGCCAGAUAAGAAGAGCUGCUACAGGACUUAGCAAUAUUCCACCACUGGAAGCAGAAGAUCUACCAGAAGAACUUUUAGAAAAUGCCACUGUCAAUAACGUACAACAAUCAACCAAUGGCAUGGCAUUUGAAAUAGCCUUCCAAGAAGAAGACGAUAGCGUUAUAAAAAAGCAUCCUCCAAAACACAUACAGGAACGGCUAGAAAGUGAAAGAUCAAGUAGCACAGUGACUUUAGAAAAACUCCAAGAGAAGUUAGAGGAGGCAGAGAUUAGAAGAAAUCAGAUACUAGCCCAAAGAGUUCAGUCUGCCAAGAAUAGAACAGAGAAGAUGAUGGCCAGAUUCACACAAGAUGAAAACUAUCUCAGUAUUCCUCCAGAGAAGUUACCAGGUCCACCAAAUAUAUAGCAUAGUAAUAGUCUUAGAUAAAAUAAUAGAUACUACCGUAACCACUAAUUAACGUAAUGAAAAGUAAGUAGUACGAUAUUCAGAGUGAAAGUCCUAUUUCUCUCUCUUGACCACCUCUGACCUGGAUGUGACCUUUGUUCUGCUUUUCAGUAAAG